AUGCCACCUACUAACCGCCUCCUCACCGGACAAGGGGGGGAUAUAUGGGAACAGUACAAGUCUAUCAUCCAGAAGCUGUACGAGACGGACAGAAAAACACUCAAAGAAGUGAAGAAAAUUAUGGAAAUCGACUACAAAUUUCCCGUCAUGCCCUUAUCGACCUACGAGACGAGACUUCGAGAAGGGCUUGGGCUACGCAAGAAGCUCAAGAGCUCUGAUUGGGCGGUGGUGUAUCACCGCUACGAAAGGAGGAGAGACGCGGGCAGAGAGACGGGUGUGUACCUCAACGGAACGCGGAUCCCAUGGAAAAAGGUCUGGAAAGAGAUUCGAAGAACGAAAGCCCGAACGUCGAGCGGAGGCCAGAAUCACACGCUCCCUGCAGGCGUGGAUGUGAGAACACCGUCCCCGGAACCGCAUUCUAUGCUCUCUCCCUCCGUAAUGCGUCAAAGGCCGUCGCUUCUCGCGCCGUCCACUGGGAGCAUCCCUCCCCAGAUCUCAACAGAUACGGGAUUGUCAUUUCGAAACUACCAAUGCUCCCCUACUGUCACCUGUUUCCUGGGCGAGACCAGAGUCAUCGAAGCACUUAAACCUGCUCUAGAAAAAUACUCUUUUUCCCUGAGCGACAUUCCGUGGAACAUAUUCAGUGAUAUUGUUUUCUCAAUAGCUAAUAAUGGCGGCCCGCAUACUCGUCUAAAUCCGCCGAUGACCCGGGAACUCAGAUUUCCAUCGGCUCCCCUCUCCUUCUCAGACCUACCUCCCUCCUCCAAGGUCCCAGCGCCGAACUUUGACCCCUACUACUUUUUAGCUAAGGCAGCGUAUCUACUCUCGAACAAUUUGGUCAACUUCUCUUCUCGCGAUAAUUGUCUCGGCGUUUUCCGCAUCAUCCUCGACAAAAUAUCACUGACGGUCCUAAGUCAACUGUUCCAGAGCGACACCCCCACUGUAAGGGCUGCGUGGGAGUUUUCAGUACGCUGCGCGGGACAUUGCGGUUACCGGGAUGCCUUCGUUCUCUUGGUCAAUAUUGGGCUUCGACGUCUGAAGUGGCUCCGCCCCAUGGGACACCUGUGCCUAUCGUUCGCUGCCGCUAUGGGCGCCCUUGACACCGUACGGAAUCUGAUAGGCGCCGGAGUCCGCGCCGACGAUCUGCUCGAGACAGCGGAAAGCGAAAACGUCGCCGUUCUUCAGGCCGCCGCCACCGGGAACCUGGAUUGCGUGAAGAUGCUGAUGGAAACUUGCGACGUCAACCAAGUCGUGAAGUGCCGGGGAGUCCAUGGCGUGGGAGCAUCGACGCUGUCCGUCUUCCUCUCCACAUUGGUGGUCGGGAAAUUCGUCACGUCCGAGAAACGAGACCACGAAUACCAGCGGCAAUUUGUCCAAAAGACUCAGCAUGGAACUCUCAUGGUCGGUCUGAGCCUGGAGGACAUGCGGCAAAGCGAAAUCUUAAGCCUGAUCCUGGAUAGUGGAGCAGACGUCGAUGCAACCUGGAAAGGGGAUAUGGACUCGACCAUGCGUCAGCUCUAUCAGACAGAGAACAUUCCUGAAAGUUGGAGGUCUACCGUCCUGGAACAGAGCUACUACUGGGACGUUGACCUUUUCCACAGAUUGCUCCCCUAUAGUUCUAGGAAGACGGCACGUAUCACGCGUCCAGGCAUUUGUCUCGCGGUCAAGCAAGGACAGGAGUCCUACCAGCAAUAUUUGAAAUCAUCGCAAGGAGAUGGCAGCAUCGACACGGGAGCCUUCGUCGAAUUAGGUUUCGCCGAACAAUUCCUAAUGGAGACGAAACGUAUCGACGUCGAUGUCGUCUGGGGAUUGCUCGAGUCCGGGAUCGACCCCAACCUGCCCUCCUUGCCCACGCUAGAUAUACACUUCCUUCUUCGUCGCUUGGUAGACGAUGCCCGCCGGCACGGCCGCAAUGGCGAAUUCGACGCUACAUUGACCUGCAUGCUUCGGUGGGGGGCGGAAAUAACCCCGGAAGUCCUCGAAGCUGGCGUCGAGCACGACGGAACUGAUCUCCUACGCGUCCUCGCCGAUCACGGGGCUGAUGUGAGAAAAUACGGCUCUGCAGCGCUAUCUACGGCGGCCCGUCUGAACAACUACGCAGCGGUAAUGUUCCUCUUGGGAUUUGGCGUAGAUAUUAAUGACGUGGUAUACAUGAACUCUCAACCCUGGAGCGUCAUCGCCUUAGCGAGCAACACGCAAGGAUUCUCACCCUCGGCGAGCCAGCAUCACGAAAAGGCCUUACGACGCCACAACCCCGGUACAGCGAAUUUCGAGAUGCUCCAGUAUUUAAUCUAUCGCGGCGCAGUAUUGAAGAACAGCCCAAGUGACCCAAACGCAUUUGACUUUCUCCACCGACUUCUCGUAACCACUAGUCGAGAUGACUUAUUGCUGGAGAAGAUGAAACUAUUCCUCAACUCGAUCCAGAACCCCCGAGAUCUGUCGAAUCCCAGGGCGUGUCUGCUUGAAGCCUGUCUAAGUCCGAAGGAUGGGCCGUCUGACACGGAAAUAAAGCAAAGGCUCGAGAUCCUGGAACUGCUCAUCGAGCACGGUACCCCGAUGGCAACUAGCCACGCCCUGUCACCUCUGAUUUAUUGGGGAGGGAAGCAGGAUUUGAUCCUCAAGUUUCUCGACGCCGGGGUAGACAUUAACGCGUAUUCCCGAGCGACUAGAUUUCACUCUUUCCCGUGUACCCCCGUUCAGGCCGCAGCCAACCGAGGGGAGAAAGACCUGGUCGCCUUGUUAGUAGAUAGGGGUGCCAACAUCAACCAGCCUGCGCAUAAGAACCGCGGGAAAACGGCGCUCCAAGCGGCCUGUGGAUGGAACGCGUCGUCGGCGGCGGAGAAGGAGAAGAAGCUGACGCUGGUGCGGUGCCUGAUCGAGAACGGGGCGGACGUCAACGCGGCGGCGGCGGCGUCGUACGGCUGCACGGCGCUGCAGCACGCGGCGGCGCUGGGGGACAUCGAGACGGCGCUGCUGCUGAUCCACCACGGGGCGAACCCGAACGCGGGGCCGUACAAGCACGGGGAGCGGUGCGCGCUGGACGCGGCGGCGCUUUCGGGCCGGCUCGACGUGGUGCAGCUCCUGCUCAACGUGGGCGGCCUCAGCUACAACGAGGGCGAGUCCGGGUACGACGGGGCGAUCCAGUCGGCCGAGAAGCUCGGCCACUACGCCGUCGCCGACACGAUCCGCGCCCACGCGAGGCGCAACGUCGAGGUCUUCGGCGGCAACCUCGCCAAGACCUUCGGCGACCCGCGCGCCCUCGACCACGGCGCCGACGGGACCGACGAGUCCAGCGACUCCGACGACUCCGACGACUCCGACUCGAGCUCUUGGUAG